UUUUUUAUUUAUUUUUUGGUCAAUUUCAAACAUUAUUCCUUGGUUACAAAAAUAAUUAUCUAUUCCUCCCUCCCCUCCCCCACCCCUCCCAUAGCCGAUGCACAGUUCCAUUGAGUAUUGCAUGUGUCCUUGAUAAGAACCCAUUUCCAUGUUGUUGGUAUUUGCACUAGGAUGUUCAUUUAGAAUCUAUAUCCCCAGUUGUAUCCCCUUCAACCCAUGUCAUUAAGCAGUUGUUUUUCUUUGGUGUUUUUACUCCCACAGUUUUUCCUCUGAAUGUGGAUAGUGUUUUUUUCUCCUAUAACCCUCCGGGUUGUUCAGGAUCAAUGCAUUGCCACUAACGAAGAAGUCCAUUACAUUUGAUUGUACCACAGUGUAUCAAUCUCUGUGUACAUUGUUCUUCUGGUUCUGCUCCUUUCACUCUGCAUCACUUCCUGGAGGUUGUUCCAGUCUCCAUGGAAUUCCCCCACUUUAUUAUUCCUUUUAGCACAAUAAUAUUCCAUCACCAACAUAUGCCAUAAUUUGUUCAGCCAUUCCCCAAUUGAUGAUGUGAUUUUUUAAAUGAAGAAUUAUUAAUACUAUAGAAGUUAGAAGAGUUUAUAAGAUUUCAGUUAUAAAUUUGUUAUUGUUCAUUGGGAUAUGAAAAAAUUUAGAUUGUUAGAGAGAAUGUUACACUUUUGAAAUUAUGUUGCUAUGUUGAAAAUACAUAUGUAUUUUCAGUAUUUAAGUAUUAUAAAAAAAGUAUUUAAAAUACUUUCCUACCCCCCUCCCCCUUUUCUAUAAUCCUAAUCUUAGACAUAGAAUUUAGGCAGAUUAGGAGAUAUAAAAUAGGUUAAGGUUUGAUAUUUUGGGGGGGAGGAGGAAUAUUUAGAAUAGUAUAUUUUAUAGGAUAAAUAGAAUAGAAUUAUAUAUAACUAAGAAGGUAAGUACUGGACUUUGGUAACGAUGUCAGGUUGAAUCUGCACUACAUAUAAGAGGAGAGUUGUAGAUGAGUGAGAUACAGAAUGUUCUGCAAGGACUUGAUUUACAAGGAAAUCUCAUGCAGGAAGAAAAUGGAACUUUGGCUAGCAGUGGGGGAAUGGGGAUAGAACCUCCAGUCAAGAAAAGCAGAUGGACAGUUGAAAAGGGGUUCUUAUUCCCUUCUGAACUGAAAGGGAGAAGAGAAAUUUGCUGAGUUUAAACUGCUGUGAUCACUCAUCAAUCUGAAGAACUCAGAUUAGCCAUCCUUCCUCAAUAGUGAUGGAUAGAGAUUUUUUUCCCUUUGGGGAAAAUAAGAGACUAUCCACCCAAGAAGAUUUUCCAUUGAUAUCUUCAAAAGCUGUAUCUCUCUAUAUUAGGAAAUUACACCAGCCUGACUCCCCAACAUCCUCAGGGACCCAGGUCCCCAGACUUGAGCCCUCAACCCCUGAAGGGAAAUUAGGUUGAAAUAGAAAUAGGGAUUUCCUAUUUUUCCCUCUUCCAUAAACCUAUCAAUCCUGAAUCACCAAACAAUAAAUAGACCUUAUUAAUUUAGAAGAACUGAACAUCUCAUUCUUCAGAUGUACUAAGGGGAUCAAGAUAAUAUCCAUCCAGGGAAGAAAACAGAAACCAGAGAUUAUAGGGGAUUUCCUCUUUACCUUUCAGCUCUGGACAUUGAUCCAACCUUACCUUCUCUUGGGCAGCUCUGCCUGGGAGAGGAAGUGGUGUUUCUAUUUAUCUGCUCCCUCCCUCUCUUAGACAUGUCAACCUUUUGUUCCUGAUCCCCCGCUAGUAUAUCUACAAGGUGGAUUCCUCAUGUAAUCAUUGAACUGUGGUGUCUCUAGGAAUUUGGGGUGCAUUGGGGGACCCUGGGGGCCACCACAUCUUCCCCCUUGAAUUUCUAAGGGAAAGAGUGUGAUGGUCAGUCUUCUACAACUUCUUCAAGGUUGACAAAGGACAUAGAGCUGGCCCUUCCUCCUAAGGAGAGAGGAAGAAAAAGUGUCAGCAUUUGUGGUCCAGAGGUCCAGGCUGCAGAGGUCAUAAAGGUUGCAAUAUCAUCAGGGUGGCUUCCAUAACAGCUUUUAUCCUAGACGCAAGCAGAGAGGUGACACUGUCAUAGAUACAGGGAUCACAUAUCAGGACAUCUGUGACUGUCAGGAUGAGAGCAAGGAAAGGGAUAAGCAGGGCAUAUCACCAUGAAGUCCAGGAGGAGGAGCCAGAGAAGAGAGUUGGCUUAGGGUGUCUGCAAUCCAAGUAGACGCCUCAUGUGUGUAAAGAUACCUGAGGGUCAAGGAAACAAGUUCAUUCCCCAAAGUUAAUGUAGGGGCAGAGACAGGAAGUGGUUAGGACCACAGACAGGGAAGACUCUUCAGGGGACUGUGGAAUUCAAAGACAACUCAGUGUGUUCCCUCAGUCCAACCUAUAACAGAAAAAGCAAUCCUCUCAUUUCAGUCAAGAAGUGCUUAUCCCACAUUGGAUUAAAUUCUCCAGUUAGAAAGAAUCAACUACAUCCUGUGGCAGCCUAUCCAUAUAUUAGAGAAGAAUAAUUGCCAAGAGUUUUCUUUGAGUUCAUAGCCUUAGACUCUGUAGGCUCUCUUCAUUGUUCCUAGUUCUGCUCACUGAGACCAAACAGUCUCUGCUUCUCUUCCAUGCCAACCUUUCAACAAAAUAAAGAUCUCCAUCCUCUGCCCUCUAGCCUCAAGGACCCAGAAUUUUUCUAUUGAUUUUUAAAUACCAUAUCCUCAUGGACAUAGUUGACUCUCAUGAUUUCCCUCCUCCAGACAAUCUUCAGAUUUCAAAGUCCUAAUAAAUCUCUUGUUCUUAAAACUCAACUCUAUAGUCUAGAAUUGACCUAAUCUGAGUGGAGUAAAGGUGAAUGGGAGGGAAUAAGUCUUUUUAUAAUAUCCAUUGGGUAUCAAUCACUGUGCUAAGAGUGCUAACAAAUAUUAUUGCACUUCUCAAUACAAAUAGCCUGUAUAGUAGUUGCUUUUCCCAUGCCCUUUUGACAGAUAAGGAACCUGAGCCAAAGUGUGCGAAGUUUUUAAGUGAUUACCUCAAGGUCACACAUCAAGCAUCUGGUCAAUUGACAGGAACUCUGUCUAUCUCAGUCUCCUCAACUGUAACAUGGACAUAAUAGUAUCAAGUAACUCCUAGGUCUCCUUUUGAAGUAGAUUAAUUUAUUAAUCAGAAAAUUGCAUUCCCAAGAAAACUGCAUUUCCAUGAGAAAGUCAGUCAGGAAUCCAAAAUCACAUGGUUAAAUGUAUGUGAGGAAAUAACUCCGUGCUGACAAUGGACUGUACUGAACAUUCUGCACUUAACACUAAUGGCACAUAUGCUUCUGUGAGAUAAGGCUUGCUUGCUUUUGCCAAGAAACCCUCUAAGGAAAAGUAUGGACCCUGUAUCCUGAUUGUCUCUAAUCCUAUAAAAACUGCCUAUAACCUCAGCUCAAUGUGCCAUGUGCAAAUAAUGGCUUUUAUUUUUAUCAUUAUAAUUUUAUUGUUUCCUUUGAGUGCCUUGCUCUUUAAACAUCUUCAUUCCUCUAUUUCCUGAUUUCCCUGUUGAAUCAAAUUCAUUUCCAUUCCCCAACACUCUUCUCUCCCUGGAUCAUCUCACAGUGAUGAAGUGAGGUAAACUAAGUUAUUGAUCAGAAAAAUCUGUUUUUCUCUGGGAAAGUAGAAUUCAGAAAUAAGCUUUCCUGUGAAGGUCAGUCAGCUCAGAAUUGUUAAAAAUCCAUUAGAAAACAACUCCCUUAGUGCUGACAGCUGGGAUAAGAUGCAGGGAAUGCCUUGUACCCCACACCACUGACCAAUUAACUUCUAAAGAUAAGGCUGCUCCCUCCAUCGAGAUUAUGUCUCAUAAUGAACAUUGUUUGCUUUGUAUCUUGCACUCUAUAAAAACUACAUUGUAAUUUCAGUCCGGUGCAGCUUUCACUAUGAAGGUUGCCCUGGACAGUUAGGUAUGUAUUAAUUAUUAGCAAAUAAAUAAUAUUGGUUCCAUUAAUUGAACUUCUGUGUGUCCAGACUCACUUCAUGAAGUGCCCCACUUCAGUGAAAGUCAGGAUGUCUUGAUUCUUUUUAAAUAGCCUCCAAGUUUUCUUGGAGUUUCUAGAUUGGGAGCUCCAGGACAGCCCAGACUGGUUUUGUCCUUCCUUGUAUCCUCAGGGCUCAGCACAGUUCCUAGAACCUGUUUUAUAUGGAAUCCACGUUUACUGGCUGGGCCCAGGCUUGUGUCAGACCCCAGCUCUACCAGGGUCCUCGCAUUCUGGUGUCUCUCCUGGAAGGCAAAUGCAUGCUCUGGCCUCAGCCGUGUUUCUCUCUCUCUUUCUGGCCCUUGUUUCUCUGCAGUCAACAGUAACGGUUGGAAUCAGAGCAGACUCGAUCCUGAGGAUGCAGAGGUUUCUCUCUAGGCUCUCAUCUCCCUAACCUGAGGUGGUGAACAGGACAGACUGAGCCCCAGAGACCAGGAAAAGUCCCGGAGCUGGAGAUGCAGGCAAAGCUGAGCCUUGAAUGGCUCCAGGUAAGGCAGAGUCUUCACUCCUCCUCAUGUGCUGCGGGUUCCUGGAGAGAAGGAAAAGCCGGAAACCAGCUGCCUGGCUGCGCUCUCCACUGAGGCUCCCUCAUCUCAGCUGGGUCCUCCUCAUGGCAAGGCAACGCCGUGACACCUCCCUCAGGGAUUCCCUUUGCUACCCACCCCAGGCUCCUUUCCAAGUAUAUCCCUGGUCUCCAGUUCUCCCUCCUGGCUGCCUCCCACCGCCUGCAGACAGUUCCUUGGAGUGUGCUGGGUUCAGACUGGAGGAUCUGAUAGAGAUGGGGGAGGAGGGAAGAGGGGGAGGGUCAGCCCGACGGGGCGGGGCGGGGAGGGGGGUGAUCCAGCCCCAGGUAGUGCAAGAGGCCUCAGGGAAGCAGGGAGGGGAGAUCGAAGUAAGUCCUCCCCCCUCCUCCACUAACAAAAUUUUUCCCGCGGGGGCUCUGGAGAGCUAGUGUGCAUACCCACCGCACCAGCCUAGGCUGUGGGGCCUGGUGAUGCCGGCACAUUCCGCCCCCGCCAGGUGUCUAAAACUUCGGGAUGUCCUGGAGGGCUCCAGACAGGCCCCGGACCCAGGGAUCCCCUUCCGAGGCCAGAAUCCACGUGACUAAGAAGGCACUUUCCCUAGUCUUGGCUGUUUGGCUAAACUAGGCGGGUUAAAUAUUUGUGGACUGCAGGAGAUGGUCUAGGCGAGAGGGGCGUGGCUAGAGAUUCCCGGAGCUGCUUCUCGCUUCUGCCUGUAGCUCUUUUACCCUCUGACUGAGCCCUAGUAAGUCAGUCUCGGUCCGGGUUCUGGAGAGACUUCGGAGCCUGGUCACGCGCACAUGAUUUCUUUCUCCGCCCUUUUUAUACAAUCGUGGGGGAGGAGAAGAGAGUAUCUUUGCGCGCCCCCGAACACUGUGUUAUGGCCAAAAAGAGCUUUUCAGUCCGUACGCCUGAGGGCCCCGGGGCCCGGUUCUAUCAUCACGAAACCAAGGAGCCGGGAGUUCCCUCAACUAACUGGAGCGCCCGGGAGGUGGUGACGUUCAAGGAUGUGGCUGUGGACUUCACCAGGGAGGAGUGGCGCCUCUUGGCCCCUCCCCAGAAGGAGCUGUACAAGGAGGUGAUGCUGGAGAAUGCCUGGAACCUGCUUUCUGUGGGGAUUCCAGCAUCCCCAGAAGAUGUAAUCUCUUAUUUGGAGCAGAGGGAAGACCUUUGGAUGGUGGAGCAGGAAGGCUUGAGAAACUCCUGCCCAGGUGAGAUCAGACCUGAUAUGAAAGUGACUCCAACAGAAGUGAGCUUGUCUGUGGAAGAAACUAAGAAACAAAAACUCAUGAGUGAUGUUCCAGAUAACUUAGCUUGGAGAAAGUUCUGUGUUGAAUUUCAAAAUUCAUGCCUUCCUGAACAUCAAAGAAUGAACUCUGAGGGAAGGUCUCAUGAAUGUAAUCAGUGUGGAAAGACUUUUAUGCACAAGUCCAGUCUUGCUGGACAUCAGAGAAUCCACACUGGGCUAAAACCUUAUGAAUGCAAGCAAUGUGGAAAGACAUUCAGGUGGAACUCUAGUCUUGCUGAACAUCAGAGGAUCCACACUUGGGGAAAACUUUAUGAAUGCAAGCAAUGUGGAAAGACAUUCAGUUGCAACUCUGGUCUUUCUAAACAUCAGAGAAUCCACACUGGGCUGAAACCUUAUGAAUGCAAACAAUGUGGAAAGACAUUCAGUUGGAACUCUAGACUUGCUGAACAUCAGAAGAUCCACACAGGCGAGAAACCUUAUGAAUGCAAGCAAUGUGGAAAGACAUUCCGUCAGAAACAUAAUCUUGCUGUACAUCAGAGGAUCCACACUGGGGAGAAACCUUAUGAAUGCAAGCAAUGUGGAAAGACAUUCAGUCAGAAACAUAAUCUUGCUGAACAUCAGAAGAUCCACACGGGCGAGAAACCUUAUGAAUGUAAGCAAUGUGGAAAGACAUUCAGUCUGAACUCUAAUCUUGCUGUACAUCAGAGGAUCCACACUGGCGAGAAACCUUAUGAAUGCAAGCAAUGUGGAAAGACAUUCAGUCAGAACUCCAAUCUUGCUGAACAUCAGAGGAUCCACACUGGAGAGAAACCUUAUGAAUGCAAGCAAUGUGGAAAGACAUUCAGUUGGAGCUUUAGUCUUCGUCAACAUCAGAGAAUCCACACUGGGGGAAAACCUUAUGAAUGCAAGCAAUGUGGAAAGACAUUCAGUUGGAGCUUUAGUCUUGAUCAACAUCAGAGAAUCCACACUGGGGAGAAACCUUAUGAAUGCAAGCAAUGUGGAAAGACAUUCAGUUGCAGCUCUGUUUUUUCUAAACAUCAGAAGAUCCACAUGGGCGAGAAACCUUAUAAAUGUAAGCAAUGUUGAAAGACAUUCAGUCUGAACUCUAAUCUUGCUGUACAUCAGAGGACACACACUGGCAAGAAACCUUAUGAAUGCAAGCAAUGUGGAAGGACAUUUAGUUGUAGUUCUUGUCUUUCUAAACAUCAGAGAAUCCACACUGGCGAGAAACCUUAUGAAUGUAAGUAAUGUGGAAAGACAUUCAGUUGGAGCUCUAGUCUUUCUAAACAUCAGAGAAUCCACACUGGGGAGAAACCUUAUGAAUGUAAGCAAUGUAGAAAGACAUUCAUUUGGAGCUCCUCUUGCUCUACAUAAGAGAAACGAUGGAUUUUCACAUAGGACUCUCAACUUGCUCUAAGAUUAAGUGCAAAUGGGCAUAUGAUUUGUAUCUAAAGUGAUACCACAAAUAAAGUAAGGGAGCAUAUAAUGGUUCACAUUUUAUAUCUGUUUGUUGAUAAGAGAGGAACUUGUGGCCAAGUUGGAAAUACUAAACAGUAUGGUAUGUAACACAUGUUACCUUUGGUAGGUUACAUUCAAAAUUGUUUCUACAAACAAAGCCAAUAAAACCAAGGUUAAAAGGGGAAAAUAACAGUUAUCUUCUUUAAAAUAAUUUCUAAUUAAAUACCUAAUAUUUCAUCCAUUUUUGUAACAGUUUCAAAUACUUGCAAACUAAAACCUAGCAGAUUGGCUAACAUGACAGCAAAGGAAAGUAAUGAAUGCUGGAGGGGAUGUGGUAAAGUAGGGACACUAAUCCACUGUUGGUGGGGUGGUGAACUGAUACAACCAUUCUGGAGGGCAAUUUGGAACUAUGCCCAAACGGCAAUAAAAGACUGCCCUAUGAUCCGGCCAUAGCACUGCUGGACUUGUACCCCAAAGAGAUAAUAAAGAAAAAGACUUGUACAAGAAUAUUCAUAGCAGCACUCUUUGUGGUGGCCAAAAAUUAGAAAAUGAGGGGAUGUCCUUCAAUUGGCAAAUGGCUGAACAAAUUGUGGUAUAUGUUGGUGAUGGAAUACUAUAGUGCUAAAAGGAAUAAAAAGGUGGAGGAAUUCCAUGGAGACUGGAACAACCUCCAGGAAGUGAUGCAGAGUGAAAGGAGCAGAACAAGGAAAA